AUGGAGGACUUUAAGCAAAGUGUAAACACAUACAGCUCUGAGGGAAGAAUCCAUCAGAUUGAAUAUGCCAUGAAGGCAAUGAAUCUGGGAACAACAACAAUAGGAGUAAGAACCAAGGAGUUUGUGAUACUAUGUUCUGAGAAGAAGAUAUUGUCUACCUUGCAGAAUCCCAAGAGUGUGGUAAAGCAUUACAAGAUCUACGAUCAUAUUGUGCUUGGGUUUUCCGGGAUAAGCGGCGACACAAAGACCAUUGUGAAGCGGUCGCGAGACUUCUGCAUUUCUCACACCCACAUGUAUGGAGAAAACAUCAGCGUGGAAAGGCUCUUGAAAUACCUGUCCAGCCUGAGCCUGAGGUUUGGCGAGGAGGAUGAGGCCAAAAUGAUAUUUCGAAGGCCCUUUGGCGUUUCGUUGAUUAUAGCAGGAUUCGACACCGAACCCAGGCUGUAUUCACUGGAUCCGUCUGGGUCGUAUAUCAGUUACAAGGCAAAGGCCAUAGGAUCUGGACACGAGGUGGUUGAAGGCAUACUUGAAAACGAGUACGAGGAAUACAGUGGACUUGAUCAGUCUCUGAGAAAAGUGCUUUGCACCCUAUCUAAGGUGAUGAAGGACAAGAUUAGCAAGGAUAAUGUGGAGGUCGUUGUUGUUACUCAAGAAGAGUCCAAGUUUCUGACCCCCGAGGAAGUGUCGGUAUAUCUAUGA